AUGUCUAGUCGAUCUGCGCGAUCGUCUACAGCGCGCCAUCAGCCAACUUCUCCUCCCCAAGCACAACCGUCCUCCAUUCGUCGCUUCAGCACUCCGCCUCAACCACGGCGUAAAACACGAAGCGCAAGUGUAGAGCUUAGUGGAAGUGAUGCAGAAUCAGAGUCCCGUACAAGGACGAGAAGUGCCAUACGGAAGGCGGGCGUGGAAGUGGUAGAUGGCAACUCCGGCGCUGGCUCGCGCACAGGUCGUCGAACAAGAAACGCCCGUCGGACGGCUGUCAUUACAGAUUUAUCAAUUGUUGCCGAAGAAGAGAAAGAGUCCCAGCACGAGGAAGAUAUUACGGACGAACCCCCUCAUCAUCAUAAUCGAGUUGCUGGCGAAUGGUCACCCUCCCAAUCUCCUGGCGGCGUGUCCGAGAUGUCAGGAACGACCGCCGCCCAUACAACCCAUUCCAUGACCGAGUUAGCAACACUAGAUCGCAUGGAGUUGGUCGAUUUCCUCCCCGACCUCCUGAGGAGCUCGUGCAGGAUUCUCGACAUGCUUGCCCCAGCGAACGCCACGGACGAUCUGGUGAAGGCGAUUGUGAAGGAAUUAAAAGUUCUCGGGUCGAGACGCGCCAAAGGACUCAAAUACGGCGAAUCCAUUUUCAAACCUCCCCGGGAUAACUUCGGGAGUGAUGAUUAUAUCACAACGGGCCUUAUAUUGCGCAAGCUUCUUUGGAAUCAAGAUCCUGGGGAGGGGGGUUUUCGUCCUGAUGCUGUUCUUCAUGCAGCCAAUCUUGCAACAUUGACUAAAGAGUUUCUAGUUACCGAGAAAGAGAGUCAGAAGAUGCCACACCUGCUCGCUGCUCUGGACAUUUAUUUUCCCGAGGUGUUUGUCACGAAUUUUGAUAUUAAUGUUGAAUAUGGAAACAGCAGGCUACUUGAUGAGACAUUUGCCAUGGGCCUGGACAUCCGAACUCAUUACGCAAUCUCAGAGCUACAACUCAGGGAGGAGCAGGAAGAUUGGGAUCCCGAUGAGAUCUUGGCAGCUACUUUCUACGACCCCUUACCUAACCGCGACCCAGAGGUAUCAUUCUAUGAGCAUGCUCGUAGCAAUGGGAGGCUAAAAGAUAUCAUGCGGCAAGGCCCGCCAAACUCGGAUGGUCAUGCCAAAGAGAUACUUGCGAGGGUGGACACCCUUCGCUCUACAUUCCGUCAGAACGAGGAGGCAGCUGAGCAGGGCGACUUAGUUGACUCUGAGCGGCUGGACGAGCUCUUCCCAUGGCCCCUCUUCCUUUGCAAUCUAGUCCUUUGGUGCAGGUCAAGGCUGGAUGAAAUUCUGGAGAGCAUCAGAAACCAAGGAGGUGUGGAAAGUAUUAAGAACCAUAUUAUCGAAUUGAUGGACGUUGGUGAUACACCACUGACCGCUAAGAUGCUGGUUAACCACGAACCACCACGUCCAGUUACGGAGCCGCUUCGACGGCCACCUACGCCAGGUGUCAUUCGUGCCGUUCCUGGUAAAAGCCUAUUCACCAAGAAUAACGCGCGCCGUUUGCUAGAUAUCAAGCGACAUCAAUCCUCUUACAAUGACCCUUCCUCUAGCGAGCCAGCUAUCCCGGAAUCAUCCUCGUAUCCAUUCAACUCUCACCACGCUAGGCCGUCCAAGCAGCAGGACCUAGCGGCCUCGGUGGCCGCAACUCAACAGUCUGACGAAUAUCGACCUGUCGUAGACGAAGAAGAUGAAGAGGGCAUCCCUAGCACCGCACGGCCUGGCCUUUCCGCUUGGAACGCUUACAGCAGCGAACAAAACAAAGAGAACCGGCCCGUUUCUAAUGGCAAAGUUUUGAAGAAACGAAGCCUCCUUGACCGCCAACCUGGUGCCCAUAAGGUAGGUUGGGAUGGCUACAGCCAAGAGGUUGCGGCGAACCGCAAACGUGGCUAUCAAUCACGCGAAGCGUCUGAGGGCAGCGAUGUCAGCCAGGACGAAGGAUUUCAAAAUGAUGAGAGAAUUCCAAAUCCUACCCUUAGAGAAAAUUCUCAUCCAGCCCGCCAUCGCGCUCCCUCGCAUGAUGAGCGACCUCCUAAGCGCAUACGUGCGGAUAAUCUAGAAGCUAGAGAUGGUAGAGAAGCUGCGCGCAGAAAUCGAGAACGAUUAGAGAGGCGGUUACAAGCUAGCGCGAGGGCUCAGUCCGACGAGGAAGAUGUUGAGGAGGAUAUCCCACGACCAACACCUGCAGAAAUCAAGAGCGCUGCUCGAGCGAACAGGGCGCGACUAGGACAAGCAAGGGCGCGACUUGGACUAGCACGGGCCACGGCUUCCUCGACGCAGAAACGAACCCGUUGGUCAGAGGCAGACGAGACAGAGCUAAUCAGCCUUAUCGAAAAGCACGGUACUUCCUGGACCACCAUCGAAAGGAUCGCCAACUUGGAAGUGUACAGAGGCCAGGUCGCAUUGAGGGACAAGGCUCGUAACAUAAAAGUUGACUUUCUGAAGUCCGGGGCGGGUUUACCUGUUAAUUUUGAAGGAGUCGCCUUAGGAAAGAAGGAGAUCGAAAAUGUUCGCACCGUUAUACCAGAUUAUGAUCCCGAUGCGUAUGAAGGCCCGUGA